AUGUUGAACAUUCACGUGGCACUGGCCGCCGUGUGCCUGGCGCUGUGCGGAGCCGCCCAGGCCGGAGACAGUCCCCAUCCCUGCAGUCGCACUGGAUUCGUUGCGCUCGUGGAUAAUGCGCAGGAGUACUUUGCCUGCGAACCAACACCGAAUGCUGGUUACUCAAUGAGACGUUUGCGGUGCCAGGACAAUAUGAGCUUCAACUCGGAGCUGGCCAAAUGUGUGGAGCGGGCGCGGGACGCAGUCGCAGCUGAUGGCAGCGACAUUGAGAAUCCCACAAUACCGCCAGGCAAUUUUGAGGAUUCCACUGAGGACCCUGAUCCAACUAAUGCGCCCAGUUCCACCAAGGAGCCUGAACCAACUGAUGCGCCCGGUUCCACCAAGGAGCCAGAGCCAACUGAUGCGCCCGGUUCCACCAAGGAGCCAGAGCCAACUGAUGCGCCCGGUUCCACUAAGGAGCCAGAGCCAACUGAUGCGCCCGGUUCCACUAAGGAGCCAGAGCCAACUGAUGCGCCCGGUUCCACCAAGGAGCCAGAGCCAACUGAUGCGCCCGGUUCCACCAAGGAGCCAGGAACAACUGAUACGCCCGGUUCCACUAAGGAGCCAGAGCCAACUGAUGCGCCCAGUUCCACUAAGGAGCCAGGAACAACUGAUGCGCCCGGUUCCACCAAGGAACCUGAGCCAACUGAUGCGCCCGGUUCCACAAACGAGCCAGGAACAACUGAUGCGCCCGGUUCCACUAAGGAACCUGAGUCAACUGAUGCGCCCGGUUCCACAAACGAGCCAGGAACAACUGAUGCGCCCGGGUCACCAAGUCCAAAUCCAAAUCCCACCACCGAACAACCUGGAACGAGCACCACAGUAAGGGAAGUUUGCGCAACAACAGGCUUUCUGCCCAAGAAUGGAAACUGUGAUCAAUAUAUAAUAUGCUAUGAGGACGAUGAGGGGGAUUUAAUUGCCUUGACCCAAGACUGCCCAGUAGGGAUGCAGUUCAAUCCCGAUGAGAGCUGCUGCGAGUUGGGCUACGAUUGCACCAAUCCAACAACCUCGGAACAGUGA